UCUUGAACAGCAGAUAUAAAAGCUUCUUCAGACAUGAUAUUUCGCGUUGUGUUUGUGGCAAUGUCAAGACAAAAACUUACCAAGAGAGGAUAUAGAUGAUCCAAAAUUUUCCCUCGGCAACUUGAACCCGUUCGGGAUAAGCGGUAGCUGGAAAGUGUACUAUAAAUAGUGAAAAUCGAGGAAGGACAUAGCUGGAACAACACCCAUCAACUUUUAAAAGACAGAGAGAAUUGGAAAAGAAUUGCCAGUGAUCCAUGCUCUAUAGGGGUUUAAAUAGGCUAAGUCAACAGAGAACUUGGACUUUGCAUCGAAGGCUCAACCCCACGCUACAUCUAAGACUAUCACGUUCUUCACAGUAAAACAGAAGAAAAUGCCAUAUGCAAACAUUGUCAGAAAACGUCUAUGGUUGCAAAGAACCUUCGUAUUGCUGAUAACUCUUGGAUUAGCUGCUGUCCUGUUUCAGUAUAACACUAGGCAUAUAAAAACUAGCCAGCACAUAUCUUCAGUAGAAGUAGAGAAAUUAAGCACAGAUGGACCUUGCAACGAAAAGAUAAAUCUGUCAAUUUGUGCAAACAAAACACUAUACAAAAUUGAAGACAUGUUGGAAACUGAUGACAAAAAGAAAGUUGUUCGUGCAGCCCAGAAAAUUUCAAGCAAAUACGGAAUGGUUAUGAUGACGUUUAUGAACAAAGCUUUUGUUCCCUUUCUUACAAACUGGAUGUGCCAUACCAAAAGCAUGGUUGAUUACUCUCAGGUUCUAGUUCUAGUUACAGAUAAAGCAGUUCACAGUGAAAUAACCGCCAAGUAUCCCUCGCUCACUGUUAUGUUCCUGAGUAUAUUCAAAGACAUUAAUACUAAGCAAAGGUACUGUUCCGCCGGUUUUAUGCGCAUGGGUAUCUAUAGAACCAGGGUGGUGAAUUGGAUUAUACAAGAAAACAUUCCAGUCUUUCUUUUCGAAUUGGAUGCUAUGUGGAAGAGUAACCCCAUACCAUUUGUGACAAGCAAGAAGGAAUAUGAUUUAACGAUUAUACCAACGUAUGAUAAAUCUUUCGAAUUAGCGAUUGGGUUUUACUAUGCGAGGAAUACCACUCGGUUAAAACAGUUCUGGAUGGAGCUCGAUCGUCGACUGGACUCACUAAUGACCAUGUUCUCAUGUUUAGACAAUGAAGAGCAUGUUCGAGCCAAAGACAAUGAUCAGAUAGUGUUGAAGGAACUUAUCAUAGAACAUUACGGCAAUGUUAUUGUCUACUUUUUACCACUGACGCGAUUUCUUGAUGGAAAGUGGUACUUUAAACCAAAUGAGGACCAACUGAAAAACACUUUUAUUCUUAACUUCAACUUCGUUAUCGGAGUUGAUGAAAAAAUACAAAGGGCAAAAAAAUUCGGACACUGGCUUGUCGCAGAUGAUAAUGUUACAUGUAUUAGUCAUAUGAAUAAAAAUGCACCACAAAACUUGCAUUGAAGAACAAGCAGGAAAUAGUUAUCAAAUGAUCAAAUGAUUCCUUUGGGUGAUAGAUUUUUAUAUAAUUAGCUUUAGAAAGCUUGGUUGUCAACAAACUACAUAACGACUUCUUAAAGUAGAUCCAGUGUUCUGUGAUGUCACACUUUUUUGUAAAACUUUGAAUUCUUUAAAAAUUGUGCAAGAUAGUUUUAUUUAUUUUAUGUGAAUAUAACCACAUGGAUGUAAUUAGAAUGGUUGGUAGGUUCAAGAUAUUUUCGCACUUAAUUUUAUACUAAAUUUCCAAAUUUUUAUAUAUUUUUUCUAUGCAAAGGGGAAAUAACUCUUUUCCUGUCUUUUCUCUCAGUUGUAUGUCUAAAUGCUAUAGUUUUUUUCAUUCCAACGAUUAAUUUUAAAAUAUUUUUGUAAUUUUAGUUUUUCUGAUAAAGUUGACAUUAAAAUUAAACAAGAAAAACAAUUUCUGUCUACAAGAUUUUACUUUUAACAAAAAAAAAUACAUUUUCCUAAUGCUUAAAUAUGCUGCAGUUUAUGUUUAUCUGGCAUCUCAAAAAGUGUGAUGACAUGUAUAUUUUUUCUUACAAUUGAUGACAUUUAAGUCUAUUAAGUCGAAAUCAGUUCGGUUUUUCAACUUUCCUCAGAGAAUUUUACGAGUAUGGGGCUACCUUAAAACAAAAUUCUCAGUAUAACUUACAUGUAUUAAAAAAAAUCUAAAUAUUUUUGCUUUAAAAUUGAAUUUUUUUUUUAUAUCUUUUUACAAUAUUUGUUUUCUCUAGAGGACUGUUUCUCUAUCCCAAAUUCUACAAAUCUUUGUAAGCCUUUGAUUUUUCACAUUUCAUUGCAUUUUGCUUGAAAAGCCUCAGUUAAGAAGCCGAGAACUUAAAUAUGUAAGUCGGUCACGGUGAAAUCAUCAGAUACAAGUAAAAUGCACUUCUAUCAAGUAAAAAAAAAACUAGUAUCGGAUAUACCAGCCAAUGCAAUACAAACAAACAAAACAAACAGUAAAACCAAAAAUAAUGAAGACUCUAUUAGGAACUUUUCAAGCUAACAUUAAGAUUUAAAAGUGCAAUUUUGCAUUGCAUCAGCCAUUAAUAGGUCCAGAUGAUAACGUUGAAAAAUUGCGCGAGAUAUCUCAAGUACUUCCAAAUGGAGAAAAGAUGUUAGCAUUUCCCAUUAUAGAUCUCCGUAAGAAAUUUGUCUUCGUUCUUUUGAACUGUUAGGAGUAAAAAAUGAUAAUUGUUCGAUGAAGAUAUCUUGGACAUAUUCCCUUUUAUCUAUUUCAACUGUAUUUCUUUCACAUAUAUGUGUAUUUUUAUUAAAAAUCAUCAAAAAGUAUUGGAAGCAAUAAUUUGGGACAGACUAUAAUGCUGUUAACAUUAUCGUGAAACCUUAAAAAAUGAAAAGGUGAUAUAUAUAUUUUCUCAUUAUAGAUUUAUUUAGACUCUGGGAAUUGAAGUUCAAAUUUGGAUUUUGAUUCAAGGAUUUUUUUUUUGCAUUUAUGUGCAGCAAUUUGUAAUAUCGAGCAAUUUUGUUCGCUGUAUUGUUUGUUUGGAAAAUAAUUAUCAUAAAGUACCAAUGACUUUAACUAGUUAACGUUUUAGGAGGUGUAACCACAUACAAUUCUCUGUUAUGGCAUUUUUGUUGACAUAAAACAAAAUGACCUAACUACUUUUCUUUUAUCCGUCUGUAUUUAGUUUGUAUGAAGUGUUUAAUACAUUGUUGUUUUUAACUUCUUUAAACAUAUUGCCAUCCAUAUUUGCUUUAUAUGUUGAUAUGACUCCAUCCAUCGUCAUACUUACAUGUAUAUUGAUGUGGCAGUGUUUGCAAUUCUUGGUACAAAUACGCUAUGAAGAAAAUGUACAUAAGCUGUUUAUGUUUUUUUACUAGAUGUGGAAGUGUGACUUGUAUAGAUUCUAUUUUGAAAACUUUGUAUAUUUCGG